UGAAUGUGUGAAAUAUUGUAAUGAAAAUAUAAAAAGAACUAUUUGAAUAGAUUUGAACUUCUAAAACUGUUGGUAAAAAGGAUUGACAUACAGUUUCUCAUGCAUAGAGUGCUCUAAAGUGUCUUAAAUGUUGCGUUAAUGUCUUAAACAAAGGUCUGACACGUUAUGCUAAACAGUCAUUUUGGUCCAGUUUUUAUUGACCAAAACCUACAAAAAAAACGUUAUUUAUUUGCAGCUAUCAAGCAAUUCAUUUAUAAAAAUUAGCUUUUUAAUAUUUACAAAAAUUGAAAUAAAGCAUUUAUCUUAGACGGCAGCUCUUACAAGUUCCUUCAAAAUAAAAUACAUCCUGUGUCAAGUGAGCUCCUCCGGAUGCAGAUUUACAAGAAUUUAGAAUGCAAGAAAAGCAAAAAGUGUUUAGACUUUCUUUUCUUUUUACUAUCAACUAUAAAACAUUAGUGCAAAAUCAAAUUUAUAUAAAAUAUCUGUACAUGUGAAUAGUAUCAAAUAAUGGUAUGAAUUCUAAUAAUAAACCACUCUGAUAGUAGAUCAUAUUUUACGCAGCUAUUUGAUUCGUUAAAGUUAAAAAGAAUUACCUAAAACUUCUAAUACAUUAAUUUAUUCUCUUUGUUUGCAUUUCUAUUCAUAACCAAAGAGCCUGCUGCUCUGCUCCCUGCCUGUCUAAAAUAACCAGCAGGUGCCAAUUAAUGCACAUUGGCCACACCCACCAGAUGGGGCUCAAGGCUGAAGACAUGGCGUUCCACUCCAACAUCUCCGUGAACAUGGAUAUCACUGUGGCUGUGGUGUACUCUGUCUUCGGAGUUUGUUCUUUGCUUGGAAACAGCACACUAUUAUACGUCUCAUACAAGAAAAAGCACCUUUUGAAACCUGCCGAGUGCUUCAUCAUCAACCUGGCGAUCAGCGACCUGGGCCUGACUCUCUCACUCUACCCCAUGGCGAUCACCUCAAGUGUCUACCACAGGUGGUUGUAUGGACGAACGGUGUGCUCCAUGUACGCGUUCUGCGGCAUGUUGUUUGGCCUCUGCAGCCUCACCACGCUGACCCUGCUGAGCGUGGUGUGCUUCGUGAAAGUCUGUUACCCUCUUUAUGGGAACAGGUUUACCUCUUUCCACGGCCGCCUGCUCAUCGCCUGCGCUUGGUUCUAUGCUCUGCUGUUCGCCUGCUCCCCUCUGGUUCACUGGGGAGAGUACGGACCAGAACCCUACGGAACCGCCUGCUGCAUUGACUGGCGCCUGUCCAACCAGCACGCCACGGCACGCUCAUACACUGUGGCGCUCUUCAUCUUCUGCUACAUCCUCCCGUGCUGCGUUAUUGUGGCGUCCUACACGGGAAUUCUGAUCACCGUGCAAGCAUCCCGGAAAACCAUGGAGCAGCAUUCAUCCAGGGAGACGCACAUGAGCAGCAUUCAAACCAUUAUUGUUAAGCUAAGUGUGGCCGUCUGCAUUGGUUUCUUUGCUGCGUGGAGUCCGUACGCUCUGGUUUCCAUGUGGGCCGCCUUCGGACAAAUUGAAAACAUCCCUCCUCUUGCGUUUGCCAUGCCAGCCAUGUUCGCCAAGUCCUCCACCAUCUACAACCCGAUCAUUUACCUGCUGCUGAGACCAAACUUUCGCAGGAUAAUGUGGAGAGAUGUGGGAGAACUUUACCAUAACUAUCUGAAGGGCUGCUUCUGGUCCAGAGGCCAAACAAAAUGCUGCACAAAGAUAAAGAUCAGAGUGAGACUUCGCACAACUCGCCGACAAACCAGCCGCUUCCCGUCAUCAGUCUCUCCACCUAUAAUGACGAUAGAUCAGAGGUGUGAGGAUACAUUCACCUGCUUCAGACACUACCCCACAACGUGUGCCGGCAAUGACACGGCAGCUGAUGGAGACACAUCCGUGGAUGAAGAGACGCCGGUUUCCCUAAGGCUGAAUCAGACGAGUGAAGGCGAGUCCUCCAGGAAGUCCCUGAUGGCCACAGUAAGGACUACAGAAACCAACAACUUCCACAUCUCCUUAGAGAUGAUCCCAAGGGUCACCAAAGAGGCUUGGCCCUGAUCAUUCAGACCUGUAAAUUAUAUUACAAAUUACUGUAUUUUAAAUGUAUUUUUAUUUAUUUUGUAGAAAAUGUUUUUUUCUAAUUUCUCAUAUUUGCCGUGAUAUUGUUAAAAAAUGUUAAAAAUGGAAAAGAAGAUGCAAACUUUAUGCCCAAGCAAUAUUUGCACUUGUUUUGAAAUGAAAUAAAUACUACAUUUAGUUGUUUUAAGGUUUAAUAUUUUUUUAACAACUGUAUUUGAUUCAUUAAGAGAUGUAAUUAUCUGAGGAAGAAUGUGCUUUAAAGUGUAAGUAUGUAAAGUCAAAAGUAUUGAAAAAUAAAAAACAGCCACAACUUUUCCUACUGAAGUUGGGUUUUUUGUCAAAGACAAAAGUUUCUUAUGUUCCAUGAUGCUAAAAGUAAAGAGUUCCUAAAGUAAAACAAAACAACAA